AUGGCAGGCAGGGACGACGACACGGUGGAUUUUCGAGAGUUUCUCAGUCUCCUUUCUUAUUCCUUCGUCAUAUCCGUUUUAUCUGUGAUGCGAUUUCUGACACCGAGGGGGAAAAAACGGUGUUCAGAAUCCAAAAUGCUCGCGGGCAAACGGAAGCAGGAAGUGAUGGAGAUUGACCCGAGUGCGGGCAAUGAAGACGAUAUUGAUGUUGUGCUGGACAAAAACAGGCCGCAUUUUCCAGCUGCCAAGAAGGCCAAGAUGGAUGUUGGGAAGGAGUUGAGAAAAGUGGCUGUGCCCAGUAGGAGAUACACACCUCUGAGAGAGGACUGGAUGAAGAUCUACACACCCCUGGUGGAGCACUUGGGUUUGCAAGUCAGGUUCAAUACCAAGAGCAGGAAUGUGGAGUUGAAGGCUUGUGCAGAGACGGAGGAUGCGAGCAGUCUUCAGAGAGGAGCAGAUUUCGUCAAGGCCUACGUGCUUGGUUUUGCAGUAGAAGAUGCUUUGGCACUCUUGCGACUCGACGACCUUUUCGUAGAGUCAUUUGACGUUCAAGAUGUGAAGCCGUUGAAAGGCGAUCACCUGUCCCGGGCCAUCGGCCGUCUGGCUGGCAAAGGCGGCAGGACCAAGUUCACCAUCGAAAACGUGUCCAAGACGAGGAUAGUGUUGGCUGACUCUAAAGUCCACGUUCUGGGGUCUUAUCAAAACAUCGCUGUUGCGAGAAGAGCCAUCUGUAAUCUCGUCCUCGGUAAAUAUAGAAAACAAAUGAGUUCAUUUUUCUUUUUCAAUUUAAGGCCAACCUCUUUGAGUCGACUUUCAAGGGACCUGCGAUAA